AUGAAGUUGUUCCAAUCCGUGGCUAUCCUGAUCCUCAGCGGAAUCGAUGUUUAUGCGGUGACAUCGGCGCAGCCCGCCCCCUCACUUCCAAAAGAGAAGGAGGAAAUUCAUUAUUUCCCCGUCCUACCCUUUUUUGACGACACGAAACCGCCUGCGGAUAAGAUAACUACCGAUGAUGACGAAGUUAAAGGCAAUCCAACUCCGUCGCCGUCUAAGGAGAAGGGGCAGUUUAUGCCUUCCAUUGUCCCAAGACUUGUUGACGAUACUCAUCCGCCAACUACGGUGACAAGCGACCGCGACGGAAAUAAUGCUGCGGCAACCGGGAAAGCAUCUACAGGUUCUCGGAAAAAGAUGUUUAACUUCAAAUUCAAGCCCAAUGUGAGCGUUGAAGUGGAACCGAAUCCACACGCAUCGCCGAAGGACAAGUUGAAGGCUCGCAUCCACGUCAGGCGUCGUGACGGUAAAAGGCCAAAUAGUGCUGGAGAGAAGGCUGUAGGAGCGUCUAAUGGUGUUCCGUUGCCGCCUAAGGAGAAAGGGGAAAUUAAGUAUAUCGCCGUCCCACACCUUGUUGACGAUACUCAUCCGCCGGCGCAUAAGCCCAGCAGUGCUGAUAAGAAGCCACCUGCGGAAAUGAUAACGAAUACUGGUGACGAAUUAAAGCGUAAUCCAACUCCGUCGCCUCCUAAGGAGAAAGGGCAGUUUAAGCCUAUCUACGUCCGUCCUGCUUUCGACGACACUCAUCCCCCAGCGGAAAAGAUAACGAAUACUGGGGGCAACACCAAUCCAACUCCGGCAUCGCCAAAAGAGAAAGGGAGAAUUCAUCAUUUCCGAGUCCUUCCUGCCUUCGACGACACAAAACCGCCAGCAGAGGAGUUAACCAACAAUGGUGAUGAAUCAAAGAGUAAUCCAAAUCCGUCGUCUCCAAAAGAGAAAGGGAUAAUUAACCCUUCCCAAGUCUGGCCUUUUUUCGACGAUACUCAUCCCCCAACAACUGUGACAAACGACGGCAACGGCAAUAAUGCACCGAACACCAAGAGAUCAUCUACAGGGCCUCGGAAAAAGAUGUUUAACUUCAAAUUCAAGCCCAAUGUAAGCGUUGACGUAAAACCGAAUCCACACGCAUCGCCGAAGGACAAGUUGAAGGUUCGCAUUCAUGUCAGGCGUCGUGACGGGAAAAGGCCAAAUAGUGCUGGCCAGGUUGCUGGCGGGAUGAUCGCAGCAGCGUCUAACGGCACUCCUUCGCCGUCGGAUCCAAAAGGGAAACGGAUAAUUUGGCCUUCCGAAGUUUAUCCUGCUUUCGACGACACAAAGCCGCCAACGAGAAAGCCAAACAAGGGCGGUAAAAAGAAUCAGGCAGCGUCCUGGGAUACCCGUAGGACUACACGCAACAUCCGCAGCAAUAAAUUUUGGACCAACGACCAAGAAUGGGUUGGAAUGGCCUCACUAUAA